CAGGCGCAUCACUUAAAAUGGCGGCGGCGGCGGCGGCGGCGGGGCGGGGCCGCCGGGCGCGAGGCACGCUGGGGCGGGGUGCGCGGGCUGCCGGGAACGGGGCGGAGCGCGGCCGCGCCGGCGCGUCGAGAGGGGACAGGCAGCCGCCGCGAUGGACGUGUUCCUCAUGAUCCGGCGCCACAAGACCACCAUCUUCACGGACGCCAAGGAGUCGAGCACUGUGUUCGAGCUAAAGCGCAUCGUCGAGGGCAUCCUCAAGCGGCCGCCCGACGAGCAGCGGUUGUACAAGGAUGACCAGCUUCUGGAUGACGGCAAGACACUGGGAGAGUGUGGCUUCACCAGUCAGACAGCACGGCCGCAGGCCCCAGCCACUGUAGGGCUGGCGUUUCGAGCAGCUCUCCCCACCCACCCCUGUCCACCAGAUGAAGCUUUCGAGGCCCUGCGCAUCGAGCCCUUCUCCAGCCCACCUGAGCUGCCCGAUGUGAUGAAGCCACAGGACUCAGGAAGCAGCGCCAAUGAACAAGCGGUGCAGUGAGGGCCCCGGGCCCGUCCCCAGUGCCCCCCCCCAAUAAAAGAUUUGGGUGUCUGC